AGUGAAGGCCAUACCAUGCAAUUUCAUUCCCAAUCCGAUAGCCCAUAUGUAAUACACGAAAUAGGCCCAAACAUAAAAUACCCGACCCAAUCAGUCAAAUCUCAAUUGAAACUAGGGUUCUAUUCAUCGCCCUAUCCAGGUAAUUUUUUUUUUUUAAAUAAUUAUUUUUCGCUCAUUACUUCUUAUUUUUCUUGAGAUCAGAGAUAUGGUAAGAGUGUAACAUACAAGCUUAACCUAGUGGUUGAAGUCCAAAUUGUCCGAAGACAGACAGUUCUUCUGACACGCAUGUGAAAUUGAGAUCAAGCUAGCAUCAUCUGAAAUUUAUUGCUUGGAAAGUGAUAUCUUAAGCAUGAAGCUUAUUGCACGGUUAAGGCCCGUUUAUACCUGUACAGCUCUUCGUGAAAUUAUAGGGCCUUUGCAAUCUCGUUCAUUUCAGCCUGAUUUUGUUCCCAGAGAUCCCAAUGCCAAGCCAAUAAGAUACAAAUAUCCUGCUGCCUAUGAUCCAUAUGGCCCUAGGCCUGAACCCUCAGACAAGAUAGUUCAGCUUGCUGAACGUAUUGCUGCUUUACCCCCAGAAGAACGUAGACAAAUCGGUCCUUCACUCAGAGAGAUACUAAGGCAUCCUAAUUUGAAACAAAUUGAAGUAGAAGGCAUGGAUUUGGGUGCUACAGGUGGUGGACCUGCAAAGGCUGAGGAGAAGAAGGCAGAGAAAACAGCAUUUGACGUCAAGUUGGAGAAAUUUGAUGCAGCUGCAAAAAUCAAGGUGAUCAAAGAGGUUCGAUCCUUUACGAGUCUAGGUUUGAAGGAGGCCAAGGACCUCGUUGAAAAGGUUCCUGCUAUACUUAAGCAAGGAAUAACCAAAGAGGAAGCUAAGGAAAUAAUAGAAAAGAUCAAAGCUGCUGGAGGAGUCGCGGUUAUGGAGUAAUAACCUCUGCUGGAUUUAGCAGGUUUCCUUAUCCUGCCAUCCUUUGUUUUUCUUGUAAGGGAGCAUGCCCACUACCAAGUUUCUGCGUGUUAGAAUUUGUUUUUCGGUUUAUGAAUUUAUAAUUACCUUUGUCAGGCUAGGGUAGAUUAGGAGCUUCUUAAUUUUCAUUUAAGCUAUCAAUAAUGAUUUUUGGAGUCAAUUGCAAGUUUACGAGCUUGUUGAAUGUAGAGCGCAUCCAGAAGAGUAGAAUCAGAGUAGUUGGUUCU